AUGCGCAUGCGCGCCCCCUUCCGCGCGCCCCCCCCCCCCCCCCCCGGGAACUUCCGCCUGUUGCCGUCCGCGCAGCUGUCGCCGUCCUGCAGGCAGGCGCCGCGCGAGUCCUCCUUCGCCGGCGCCUCCUUGGUGAAGAGGGAGCUGCCGCCGCCCGCCCCCGCCCCCGCUCCCCGCGGGCUUACCGGCGUCUCCUUCCCUCAUCGGUGCCCCGUUUCCCGCGCGUCCGCCCACGGGGCCGCAGGGGACAGCUUCGUGGUGUCUGCGUACCUGGGUGGCCGCAGAGGCACGGAGGAGGCGGAGCGGCGGGGCUGCGUGGAGCACGGCACGAGGGACGAGCAGGAGCUGCCUGGCGGGGACCCCAAGGAAGGACCUUCGGACGACCCGUGUCCCCUAGAGGCGGCACUGCCACCGGAGAAGGCCGAGGGCCCCCUUGGGCCCGGCAAGCGGCACCUGAACGUGGACGCGCUCCAGCGUGACGUCUCGGUGGAGGAGGACAACCGCCGGGAGUGGACAUGCACGCUGUACGGCUUCGAGCACAGUGGGAAGGCCACCAGAGAGGCGACACGCUUCCACACCCGCCGUCGGGACACGUCCAGCCUGACGCACACCAGCUACGAGGUUGUCGAUGCCUCGGUCAACCACUCCUCAGGCAGCAGCAAGACCCUCCGAGUAAAGCUGCCCGUCAGCCCUGAGCCGGAGGGUCCCCCCGCCGGUCCCCCCACCGGCCAGGACCGGGAGCCCACUCGAUGCAGGAUGGAGGGGGAGCUCCCCGAGGACCCCGGGGUGGCCGACGAGAGGCUGUGCACACACAUCGGGGGACCCACCGCCGAGCCCCAGCCCUGCUCCGAGCGGGGGCCGUACCGCGUGGACGAGAACAUGGAGCGGAGGAACCGCUACCUGGACCUGGCGGGAAUCGAGAACCAUGAGUCUUUUCGGACCGGGUGGGGCCCCCCCGAGGCGCAGGCCAGGCGGGAGCCCCCAGCCAGGGCCGCGCACCCGCAGGGCCGGUCCCGCUCCCAGGAGUCGGAUGCGCCCACCGUGCGGCAUCGCCGCUGCCCGGGGCCGGCUGAGCCCGUGCCCCGGGUCCUGGACCUGCUGCCCCGGCCGACGGGGCCGGAGAGGCCGUUCUUGAGGUCCCCGCGGGGCUCGGGGCGGCUGCCUGGGCCUCCGGCGGGCAGGCCAGGGAGAGCCUUCAGCGUCCACCCGCCAGCCCCCCAGCCCCAGGCCCCGCCCCAGGACGGUCACCAUGUCCCGCAGUCCCUGCCCCCACCCUACGGCCACAGGCGGUGCCGGCAGAGGGGCCGGGAGGGCCAUUCGCCGCUCAAGGCCGCAGCAGGCCAGCCCGCGGUGCUGGAGCACGAGGCAGUGCAGGAGCUGCCACCCGCGCUGCUGGGCGAGGCCUACGCGGUGCCGGCGGUCCAGCGCCACGAGCACCCCACCCCCACCCCCGGCCUCACGGCCCCGACGAGACCCCGUGCCCAGCACGGGCUCCCAGUCUCCGCCCCCGGCCCCUGUGGCUGUACCGUCAGCCGGUCUGUCUCUGGCUCUGCCCGCUCUGGACGUGUACGUAACGGCAACGUGACAGCCAUGCCCGGCAUCUGUCACAGCGGAAUGUUCUCAAGCUUCAGCUCCCAGCUGUGGCAAUUGGCACACGCUGUGGCCGCCGAAUGCUGCCCGGCCGCCCCUCAGAAGCGUCUGGAAGCACGCGCUCAGCCCCUGCCUGACCUGAAAUCCGUGCACCGGGCCGACUCCCUCGGGCGCCCGCGGAAGCCAGAGAAAGCCAACGGCUGGUUCCCGGAGCAUAAACGCAGGCGGACACCCGGCCGGGAAGAGCGGGCGCCCGAGCCCGGGCCACCUGCAGAGGCUGCACGGAGCCCCCAGCUGCCGCGGGCGCGCCUCAGUCCGUGCGGCUUCUCGCAGGCGCCCGGGCGGGGUGGAAUCUGA